AUGGCAGCCGUGCAGUGUGCGCAUUGUCACGACCCCACCCGGAAAGGCGUCUCUGAGUCCAGACCUAACUCGGGCUCCUUCUUUGGGUUCAGCAUAGUCGUAGCUUCCUCUGGAAGGAUCCCUCGGCCACAAGCUGGGUCGGGCACCUGCUCUGGCGCACAGUGCUGGGGCCUAGAACUGUGCUCGGCAUACAGCAGGUGCUCAAUAAAUAUUUGCCGAAUGACUAAAGGCAUCAUGCCAGCAUCAGGAUGCCAGCGGGCCCCGAGGGAGCACGGGAGAUGGAAGGAAAACUCCUGGACUCCUGCCACGCCUUACAUUAGCGGCAUCUUCUCUGAGUCCGACCGCGGCCCCCUGGGACGCCAUUUGAGCCAGCUGAGUUCCAGGCACUGCUUCACUUUGGAAAGGCAGCCACAGCCCUCAUCAAGCAGCCCGAUGCUGUUCUUCCACUGGAACCAUCUCAGUGCCUCCACGCCUCCUGCUGCCCCACCGUGCUUGACCUGA